AUGGUGGAGGUUGGUAAUAUGGUGGUGGUUGGUAAUCUGGUGAAGGUUGGUAAUCUGGUGAAGGUUGAAGAUUUGGAGUUGUCGAUAUCAGCUUUGGUUCCGUGGUCUGUGAUGGGGGAUUUCAAUGCAACCCUGUUCUCGCAUGAGAAAAGAGGUCCUGGUAAGUUUAAUCUUGGAUCAGCUGCUGAAUUCCAGGCAAUGGUUGAUGCAUGUGAAUUGCUUUCUAUCCCUUCUCAGGGAAAGAAAUUCACUUGGACUAAUAAUCGUCGAAGGGGUCAUGCAGUUGCAGUGUUGGAUCGGAGUUUUUGUAAUGGGAAGUGGAUAGAUGUGUUUAGAAAUGUGAAGCAGCGUGUUUUGUUGUCUUCGGUAUCAGAUCAUGCCCCUUUAUUUGUUGUCUCUGAUGAUGUUCAAAGACCUACAAAUAUCCCCUUUAGAUUCCAUAGCUUUUGGAUGGAAAAUGAUCAAUUUAUCUCUGUGGUUGAGGAAGCUUGGAAAACUUUGAUAGGGGGUAAUCCAAUUUUCGUUCUGGCACAAAAAUUAAAGCAGGUCAAGGAGAAUUUAAAGGUUUGGGCGAGGGCCAAUUUUCCUAACCUGAAUGAUGAGGUCGAUAAAGCAAAGCUGGAAUUAAAGAAGGUUCAAGAUAUGAUAGAGGUGGCUGGGAUGAAUGAUGAAUUAUUUAACAGAGAGGCAGAUGCAAAAACAGUAUUAUUGAAGGCCAACCAAAUGUACGAGAAGUUGUGGGCUGAAAAAGCUAAACUGAGAUGGAUGAAAAAUGAAGAUUGUAACUCGAAGAUUUUUCAUCUCUCUGUGAAGCUUAGGAGGUUGAAAAAUCAGAUAACCUCCCUAAAAAAGGAAGAUGGAACUUGGGUUUCAGACCAACAGGGAAUAUCGUUUUAUGUCGCUGAUUUUUUUGAGAAAUUUCAUGAGGCUGAUGAAAUCACGGUUCAUAAUGACCUUCUUGAUAAUAUUCCCAGAGUGUUGGAGGAGGAGGACGUGGCAGGAUUGGAGAUUGUCCCGAGUGGGGACGAAAUAAAACAAGCUGUUUGGGAUUUAGAUCCUGUAAGCUCUCCAGGUCCUGAUGGGUUCCCAGGUAGUUUCUUCAGGCGAUGUUGGACUAUUGUUGAGGGUGAUUUUUGCAGGGCAGUGAAAAAAUUCUUUGAGGAAGGGCGGCUUCCUAAAGGAAUAAAUAACUGCUUUAUUUCCUUGAUCCCCAAAGUUGAGGGGGCGGCCUCUCUAGAUAGGUUUCGACCUAUAUGUAUGGGGAAUUUUUACUGCAAAGUGAUAUCAAAAAUUCUAUCUUCAAGAUUACUUGUUGUUUUGCCUAAAUUGAUUUCGGAAGAGCAAGGCGCUUUCCAGCAGGGUAAAAUAAUUUCAACAAAUAUCAGCCUCGCCUCAGAACUGUCAAAUUUGAUGCAUUCUUCAGUUAGGGGUGGUGGAAUGGGUCUGAAGCUCGAUGUUCAAAAGGCGUAUGACUCUCUAGCUUGGGAAUUCCUCUUUGCAGUUGGGUUCUCAUCUAGGUGGAUUUCUUGGAUUCACAACCUUCUUCUAUCCUCCAGAGUAUCAAUUUUGGUGAACGGUGGCCCGGUGGGGUUCUUUGGGGUUGGUAGAGGUCUCCAACAAGGAGAUCCUUUGUCUCCCUUUUUAUUUAUUCUGGCAGAAGAGGUUCUCUGUAGAGGUCUUAGAAGCAUGGUUCAGAAUGGUUUGAUAAAGUCUCUUCCUGGGCCUCGAGGUGUGUUAACUCCCUCCCAUUUAUUGUUUGCUGAUGACAUUUUCAUUUUCAUUAAUGCAUCUGCUCAUUUUGUCAAAAAUCUUAAGGCUUUUCUUGAUAAAUAUCAGAUUGAUGGUUCGCUGAAAACUACCUACAUUUCCUCUUCGAUAUGGCCUGGUCUUAAAAAGGUGUGGCGGUGGGUACAGUCUCAUGAGCAAUGGACUGUUGGGAAUGGUCAGAGGAUAAAUUUUUGGAAAGAUAGCUGGCUGGGAAAGAAGUCUAUUGAGGAGAUGUAUGGUUCGCAGUUAGAUAUCUUUGAUUCGAUGCAGGCAAAGGUUUCUGAUUUCAUUUGCCAAGAUGAGUGGAAUUUUCCCCAGGCUAUUGCCAAUGUUCGAACGGUCCAAGCAUUUGUUGGAGAAGAGAAGGUGGUAUUAUCGUACAAGAUGGCUCUCAAAAAAACUUAUGAGUAUGGGAAGAAGGGAGGACUAGCCAAGGACGUUGGACUUGGUUCUCUGCACUAUGUUCUCUUCUUGUCAUGGUCACUUCUCACAUGGUUCACUAGCAUUGUUGUCCACAAGGAGAUAGCAAACGGUGGAAAAUCCUUCACCACCAUGCUUAAUGUCGUUAUAGCUGGACUGCUGAAUACUCUCCUUCUAAGAUUAAUUUCUGAAGAUCAGGGUGCGUUCCAGAAGGGUAAGGUCAUCUUAGCUAACAUUAGUCUUGUUUCAGAGCUGAUAUUAGUUGACAAACCUGCGAACACUAAAGUUGUUGGUUGCAAAUGGAUCUUCAAAAAAACGAAGGAUCUGCAUGGAAAUGUUGAGAAGUUUAAGGCAAGACUUGUUGCUAAAAGCUACACUUAA